ACACCAACUCCAGAUAUGGGUUCAGGUAUAAAGAUGUGUUGGAUCCAGCUUGUGCUGGUAAAGUUAGUUGCAUUGUCCUCUCAGAUUUUUGAGGCUGGUGGAUCGCCAAUGGAAGUAAUGUCAGCACCCAACCUGCUGCGAGCAGGAACAAUAGAAAACGUCUUUGUCGAGAUUCAAGACUGUACACGUCAAGAUGAUAUAAAUGUUCAAAUCUCUGUGAAGAGCUUUCCAACUAAACUCAAAGCUCUGGCAUCCACAUCUGUGAUCCUCACCAGGCAAAAGCAUUACCAGGAUUUUGGAAGAAUUAAGAUCACUACUGAAGACUUCAGUAAGGAUCCUGACAUAAAGCAGUAUGUUUAUCUCCAAGCAGAAUUCCCUGGCAAAGUGCUAGAGAAAGUUGUGUUAGUCUCCUUCCAGUCCGGUUACAUUUUCAUCCAGACUGACAAGCCCAUCUAUACUCAUGACAGCACUGUUCUUUACAGAGUCUUUGGGCUGACAUCUGGCAUGAAGCAGGUGGAAGAUGUUGAUCUAGGGGAAGAUGCAGUCACUGUUGAGAUUGUGAAUUCUGUAGGCUUCACUCUAGCAUCUGAACAAAGGAUUCUAAAAUCAGGAAUUGUCCAAGGACAAUAUUCUCUUGGUAGCAUUGUUCACUAUGGACUGUGGAAAGUGGUGGCAAAGUUCCAAAGCAAUCCACAUCAGACUUUUACUGCAGAGUUUGAGGUUAAAGAAUUUGUGCUUCCUACAUUUGAGGUUGAACUGACACCUUCAACCUCCUUCUUCUAUGUGGACAGUGAAUCGUUGACAGUCAACAUAAAAGCUAUGUAUACUUUUGGUAAAGAAGCGGAUGGAACAGCCUAUGCAGUAUUUGGAGUUAUAGACUAUGACAAGAAAAGCAGCUUUCCAAGCUCUCUCCAAAGAGUCCCAAUCCAAAGAGGUGCUGGAGUCAUCAAGUUGAUGAGGGAUCACAUCACACAGACCUUUCCAAACAUCCAUGACUUAGUUGGGAGAUCCAUAUAUGUAGAUGUUAGUGUGCUGACAGAGAACGGAGGAGAAAUGGUGGAGGCAGAGAGAAGAAGCAUCAAGAUUGUCGAAUCACCCUAUACUAUCCAUUUCAAAAGAACACCUAAAUAUUUUAAACCAGGAAUGCCCUAUGACGUAACGAUUGAAGUUGUAAAUCCUGACGGAAGCCCAGCACAAGACAUGGCUGUGGUGGUAGAUCCUGGUAAUGUGCAGGGCCGUACAUCAGCCAGUGGCAUUUCAAAGUUUACCAUCAAUACAGCUGGAUGGCCUGAAACCAAGAGUCUUACCGCAAGGACCAAUGAUCAUCUCCUUCAGCUUCAAAGACAAGCAUCAGCCUCCAUGACAGCUGUUUCAUAUAAAACCAAAAGCAACAGUUACCUCCUCAUAAAUGCUAAUGAAACUGAAGUGGAAGUAGGAAAUUUCUUGAAAGUCAGUCUCUUUCUCAGCGGACCAGAAAGUCAAGAAAAAGACAUCACAUACCUGAUCUUGAGCAAAGGUCAGCUGGUGAAACAUAAUCGGUACAAGAACCAAGGUCAGAACCUGGUGGUCCAGAUGCUUCAAAUUACCAAAGACAUGCUACCAUCGUUUCGCAUCAUAGCCUACUACCAUACAAAUUCUGAUGAAGUGGUAUCAGACUCUGUCUGGGUGGAUGUAAAAGACUCCUGCAUGGGCUCGUUGAAGCUGGAACCAGUGAGACCUUCUCCAUCUUAUGAACCUAAUAAACCCAUAAGACUAAAGAUCACGGGAGAUCCAGAGGCUUCAGUGGGACUGGUGGCAGCAGACAAACGUGCCUACAUCCUGAACAAGCUCCACUUGACACAAAAAAAGAUUUGGGACACGGUGGAGAAAUUCGACACAGGCUGCACACCAGGUGGAGGGAAAGACAGCAUGAGUGUUUUCUACGAUGCAGGGCUGUUGUUUGAAACCAAAGACUCUGGAACACCUGACAGAACAGAUGUCAAGUGUCCUCCUUCUAGCAGGAGAAAACGAUCCACCAGUGUAAUGAACUUCAGAACCAGACUGGUAGGUCAUUAUGAAGACAAAGGGCAAAGGGAGUGCUGUUUAGAUGGUAUGAGAAAUAUCCCUGUCUCAUACACCUGUGAGAGGCGUAGCGAGUACAUUGUGGAUGGUCCAACCUGCAUCAAAGCUUUUAUGCACUGCUGCAAGGAGAUGGAAAGACAGCGAGUUCAGAAGGAGGGGGCUGACUUACGGGCCCGCAGUAAGAGACAGGCACAAACAGGCGACGAUGAUGAGUCUUACUUUGACACAGAAGAAAUUAUUGGUCGCAGCUACUUUCCUGAAAGUUGGCUUUGGAUGACUACAACGCUCAGUGCUUGUCCCCCAGAAAACAUUAACUGUAAGUCCACAUCACUGGAACAAACUGCCCCUUUGCCACAGACAAUUACAACCUGGAAAUUCACUGGCAUUAGUCUGUCAAGAACUCAUGGUAUCUGUGUGUCUGACCCAUUAGAGGUCAUUGUCCAGAAGGAUUUCAUCAUUGAUCUCCAGCUACCACACUCUGCUGUCUUAGGAGACCAGCUGGAAAUAAAGGCAAUUCUCCACAACUACAGCCCUGAUCCCAUUACUGUGCGUGUGGAACUAAAAGAGGAAAACAAUCUGUGCAGCGUAGCUUAUAAACGUGGAAAGUAUCGUGAGAUCGUCCAAGUUGGGGCCGAAACCACACGAUCUGUCCCAUUCAUUAUUAUUCCAAAGAAGGAAGGAAAGAUCCCCAUUGAAGUUAAAGCAUCUGUUAAAGAUUCAUUUUCACCAGAUGGAAUCAGGAAGAUGCUGCAUGUGGUGCCUGCAGGCAAACUGAUGAAAUCUGUGAAGAGUGUAUUGAUGAACCCUGGUGUUGGUGAAAAACAGGUGACAACAAUCAACAGUGAGAUCCUUCUAAAAGAUGUUACCCCCAACACACAGAUGUGGACAUUUAUCACUCUUACAGGAGGACAGAUGAGUCCACAGCUGAAGGCAGUCAUGAGUGGAGAGUCUAUGGGUGAUCUGAUCAUAGAGCCCUCAGGUUCUGGAGAAGAAAACAUGAUUGGCAUGACACUGCCUGUCAUCGCUACUAUAUUUUUGGAUCAGACUAAUCAAUGGGAAAUUUUGGGCUCUAAACAACGUAACAAAGCUCUCCAACAGAUAAGAAAAGGCUACCAAAAUGAGUUAGUCUACCAACAAACAGAUGGGUCUUUUUCUGCAGUUAGUAGUGACCCAGGCAGCACCUGGUUGACUGCUUAUGUUGCCAAAGUGUUUUCUAUGGCACAUAAUCUGGUGGCAGUUCAAGAAAACGUAAUCUGUGAUGCCAUCAAGUUUCUCAUUCUAAAAGCACAGGGACCUGAUGGGUCGUUUACUGAAAAUGGACGCGUGACCCGGGGCGAAAUGACUGGUGACAUUACUGGCACAGAUUCGGAUGCCUCCAUGACAGCCUUCUGCUUGAUUGCUAUGCAGGAAUCUCGCAGUAUAUGUUCUGCCACUGUUAAUAUGAUGUCAAGCAGUAUAAACCAAGCAGUAGCUAACCUGGAGCAGCGUCUGCCCCACCUGACCAACCCUUAUGCUGUUGCAAUGACAUCAUAUGCCCUGGCAACUGAAAACAAACUGAACAAGGAGAUCCUCUACAAAUUUGCAGACCCAGACCAAUACCACUGGCCGGUAGAAAAAGGAGAUGUUUACACAUUAGAGGCUACAGCUUAUGCUCUUCUUGCACUUGUCAAGGCCAAGGCAUUUGAGGAAGCCAAACUUGUUGUGAAAUGGCUCAUCCAUCAGGAAAGGUUGAACGGAGGUUUUGGAUCAACUCAGGCUACUAUUACAGUAUACCAGGCUUUAGCUGAGUACUGGACCAAUGCAAAGGACAAAGGGUAUGAUCUGACUGUGGAAAUCUUAAUACCGGGAAAACGACUAACAGAUAGAUACCAUCUCAACAGUGAAAAUCAACAUGUAACAAGAACACUGAAAUUUAAUAGUAUUAACAAGGAUGUCAAAGUGACCGCCACUGGAACAGGAACUGCUUUUCUGAGAAUGGAGUCACUGUAUUACAUGCUGCCAGGGAAGCCUGACUGUGACAAAUUCAGCCUGACUGUACAGGUUCUUCCUGGGAUAAUCACUGAUGAUCAGAAAAUAUACCACCUGAAAAUAGAGGUCUUGUAUAAGGACAAGGAUCGUGAUGCAACUAUGUCAAUCUUGGAAGUUGGUUUACCAACUGGCUUUAUUUUUGACCAAGCUGACCUGCGCUUAUUGUCUACAGGGAGUGACCGCAUCAUUUCAAAAUAUGACAUGCCAGUCAGAAAGAGGCUCACUCAUCAUUUACCUAAACAAGAUUUCUCACAUACAACCAGAGGAAGUUGCUUUCAGGAUCCAUCAGAUAAUGAAAGUGGGAAUCUUACAACCAGCUGCUGUCUCAGUUUAUGAAUACUAUGAC